AUGUCGAAUUCGGAUAUGAGGAAGUUAAAGCAAAAGCGUGCCUACGUAAAGGGGCAAGUUACCAGAAUGCAGUUGUACUUUGAUUCGGCGGACGUGAAGAGCGCGGCAGACGCACGAGUUCGCUUACGAAGGCUCGAGGAAUUAUGGGGCAAAUUCGAGGAGAUUCAAGGCGAAAUAGAUGCUCGGCCAGCACAGACGGACGAGCAAGCAGAGGUAAUACAGGAGGAAGGCGAAGCGGAACGAAAUCUGUUCGAGAGCUGUUACUACAAGGCUGCGGCCACAGCGCAACACAUCAUUGAUCAGCAGGCUGCGAAACAGCAGGUUGCUGCGACACAGCAGGUUGCUGCACAACAAGCAGCAAGUCAACACAGAGCACCGGAACCAACGGACGAGGGACAACGGAGGACAAAGCCGAAGUUGCCCGAAAUCAAAUUGCCCGAAUUCAGCGGCGAUUACACAAAAUGGAUGUUCUUUAAGAACAGCUUCGAAACCACGAUACACAGCGAUAAGGAUUUAUCGCCGAUGCAGAAACACCAGUACUUAGUUGGCAUCCUGAAGGGAGAAGCGCUCCAGGUAGUUCAAGGAUUCAGUAUUUCGGAUGAGAACUACGAAAACGCCUGGACACUUCUGAAGAAUACAUACGAUAAUCAGAUGCUAAUCAUCGAGACGCAUCUCGACGCAUUGUUGCAGUUCCCGAAUAUUGCAAAGGACAACAAGGCCGACGCUAUUCGACAAUUUACACGGCACAUUCAAACACACCUGGAAUCACUUCGAGCGCUACAUCAGCCGGUAGAGAAAUGGGAUACGAUAAUAAUACACAUGGCGAAGAAAAGGUUAGAUUUUGCGGAGCAGCGUGACUGGCAGAACAUAGUCAAGAGUCGAACGCCAACAAACAUGCCCAAGAUAGAAGAAUUUCUGAAAUUCUUGACAGAACGCUGUCACACAUUGAGAGUAUUGAAUCAAAAUAAAGGAAAGCAGGCAUCCAGCGAGAAGCCAACGACGCAGAAGAAAGGCGAGAAAAAGGUCUCGCUCACGACGACACCAGCGAGCUGCAAGAUCUGCAAAGGCAGUCAUCCGAUAUACAAGUGCGAGGAAUUGCUAAAGCAAUCGGUUGCCGAUAGGCUGGUCACAGUACGAGAUAAAAAGCUGUGCAUCAAUUGUUUGAAUUCAGGACAUUACUCAAGAGACUGCCGUUCGACAACAUGCAAGAAAUGCUCGAAGCGACACAACACUCUCCUCCAUAGAGAAGUGGAACCUCAGGAGAGUGAGAGCAGCACGGAAACAUCGGUGGUGGCGUGCGCUACCCAAGAAGCAAGCAAGAUGGAGACGCAGAGUAUUUACUGUGCGCAAACAGCAACUAAAGUGAUCUUGUCAACAAUAAAGGUACAUGCAUACGAUUCAGAGGGCAAUGUGCAAGCUUGUCGUGCGUUACUGGACCCUGGAUCGCAAACUAACAUAAUAACCACGAGCUUGACUAAUAAACUCAAGUUAGUUUGCAAUAAAGAAGAGCGGCCCAUCACUGGAAUAGGGCGAACAGAGACGAGUGCGUACAAGGUAACGCAACUGCGGAUUAAGUCAAUCCGAAGUAAAUUCGAGGCGACAUUAGAAUGUUUGGUGUUGCCAACAAUAACAGAAAGACUCCCUCAGAGCAAGAUUGACGUAAAAAGGGUUAUAAUCCCGAGAGGCGCGCUUCUUGCAGAUCCGUGUUUCGACCAACCGGGGCCAGUUGAUUUGCUUAUCGGAGCAGGGUUAUACUGGAAAUGCCUCGUCGGAUCACCAAGAAAUAGCAUCAAAGGACAGCCAUCGAUACAACAAACACACUUUGGAUGGAUAAUAGGCGGAGAGAUGACCGAAACACAACCGCCGUUAUCAGCAACCUGCCUCACAGUAACUAACGAAAUGUUGAUGAAACAAAUUGAAAGGUUCUGGACUCAGGAAGAGACACCGGGAACUCCACAACUUUCGGAAGAAGAAAGGAAGUGUGAGCAGCUGUUUAAAACCACGUGCAAGAGAGACGAAACAGGAAGAUUCCUGGUGCGUUUGCCAGCACGAGCGGACGUGAGACUUGGAAACUCGAGCGAGUUUGCGCUCAAACGCUUCAUCUCAUUAGAGAGGCGAUUCGCUAGAGAUCCGGACUUGAAGUUGGGAUAUUGCAAGUUUAUGCAGGACUAUCUCAGCCAAGGACACAUGACAUUGGUUGAGGACGAGAAUCAGAAGUCAGAGCACUACGUACUACCACAUCAGGCGGUUGUACGCCCAGAUAGCGUAACGACGAAGCUGCGGGUGGUAUUUGACGCCUCCGCAAAGACGACAGCGAAUACAUCGUUGAACGACAAGCUUAUCGCAGGACCGAAUCUGCAAGGGAAUUUGAUCGGCAUAAUACUUCGAUUCAGAACAUACGAGCACGUUGUGACAGCGGACAUAGCGUCCAUGUUCAGACAGAUCCUGGUUGCCGAAGAAGACCGAUCGUUGCAGCAAAUACUUUGGCGAAGUAAUCCCGAGGAACCCGUGAGGAGAUAUCAGUUGAAUACCGUAACAUACGGCACAAACUGCGCGCCCUAUCUGGCAAUAAGGUGUCUAAGGCAACUAGCUGAAGACGACGGAGGUGAUCUACCACAAGCAGCGCACGCGAUCAUCGAAGAUUGCUACAUGGAUGAUGUCCUCAGUGGAGCAAGAACAAUGGAAGAGGCGAUUGAGUUACAAAAACAGCUUUCUCAAUUGCUGAAGCGAGGUCAAUUCCAUCUACGGAAGUGGCGGGCCAGCAGCUCAAGUAUUCUGGAACAUCUUGCAGAGCAAUGCAAGACCGACGAAUUGUUAAUCCUAGAUAAGGAGGGAGCUCUAAAGACAUUAGGUCUUUUAUGGAACGCUAAGGCAGACUGUCUGCAAUACCAGGUGCAUACGGAGGAGAAUCAGGUUGUAACGAAGCGGCUUGUUUUAUCCAAGAUAGCGCAAGUGUUCGACCCGUUGGGCCUCAUCGCACCGUUACUGGUCAGCGGGAAGAUAAUAAUGCAACGUCUAUGGUUGUACGAUCUCGAUUGGGAUCAGGAGAUUCCAGCGGAACUCGCACCUGCCUGGGAAGACUACAGUUCGGCUUUGAAGAAGGCUAACUACCUACAGAUACCACGGAACGUGAUUCCCCGGAGUGCAUCAGACAAGUUUGACAUCUUCGGAUUCGGAGAUGCGUCGGAGAAGGCUUACGGCGCGUGUUUGUACGCCGUGAGUUCAGAUGAAAAUGGAGGCAUUAGCUCGCAUCUAAUAUGCGCAAAAACCAAAGUGGCGCCACUCAAAACUAUAUCGGUGCCGCGAUUGGAACUCGAAGCAGCGCUACUCCUUGCGAAACUAUAUGCUCUAGCUAGGGAAGCAUAUGGCCAAAGAAUCAACGGCGUUAAACUGUGGACCGACAGCACGAUAGUGCUCGCCUGGGUUCGAGCGCGACCAAACGAACUAAAGACGUUUGUCGCAAACCGUGUGGCCAAGAUUCAGCAUAUUACGGGAAACAUCGAUUGGAACCACGUGCCAACGGAUGAAAACCCUGCGGAUCUGUUAUCAAGGGGCGUCCCCGCGGACGUGCUCGAGGAAAGUGAGCUCUGGUGGCAUGGGCCUCCUUGGCUCGUGAGCAAGAAUCAGAUGCCAGAACAUACGGAAGAGCCGGAGGUUGAACCUCCUGAACGAAAAACUGCAACUGUCGCAUUAGUAGCGAUCAAAAACACGGAUUUAUGGACAAGAUUUCCGACGUACUGCAAGCUUCAGCGGGUAAUUGCUCAAUGUCAUCGAUUUAAGGAUAAGACGCUAGGAAAAGGAAACGCCGGCGUAAUUAAACUCGAGGAACUGGAGCGAGCAGACCAGACGAUAAUAAAGAUGGUGCAGCAGGAAAUGUUUUCCGAAGACUUGCCGACUUGA